AUGGGCCCAGGAGCCGGUUGUGCGCUCCCGUGCCCCCGCCCCGCUGGUCGUCCGGAGGAGCAAGCACCGCGGCGGGGCCGCCCCGCUCCCCCAGCCACCCUGCGGGGAGGAAGCGGUGCCCGGCCGAGGCGGCGGCUCCCUCGGCGGCGCUGGGAGCGGGGAGAAGCCCAGCACAGCCGCCUGAACUUGGCGCUUCCCCUUCCCUCAGCUCCAGCGCGGGGCAGGGGGAAGCGGAACCCGAGGCGACCAGAGCCCGCACUCACCUCGGCCCUCUCUGUCGCUGCGGGUCGGCCGGACGGCCGUUGUGUGUAUGGUGGGGGAUCACCGUGCGGCGCCUGUCCGACCGCUCCUGCGCCUGUCACCGGGCGCUCGGGGAGGAGAGUCCCGCAGGGUAAAUCCUCCGGGCGGCGGCGGGGACGGGCACCAGCCGCGUACCGCCCGCUCGUCGCGGCGGCCGCUGCCUCGCACCAAGUUGAGGCGCGGCCGCCGUUGCCGCUGCGCGGCCGGGCUGCCGGCGGCGGCCGCUACAGCCGCGGGGAACCGGCGCCUCCUCUCGCCGCCUCGCUCCGCAGCCGGGGAAGGAGCGCUGCUGCACCGCCGCCACAGCCCCGCUCUUCCUGCGCCUGCCGGGAGCCGCGCUCCGGGCGCAGCGGCGCGGUCACACGGAGCCCCGCAGGGAAUCCUCCUUCCCCGCCGCCGCCGCCUCCUCCCUCAGCGGCCGGGAGCCCUCAGCUGCAGCCCCGCCGCGGCGCCCGCUCCGCAUGCCCCGUCACUCCGCGCACCGCCGCUCCUGCUGCCGCCGCCAGCGGCGCCCCCACCCGAGCCCUCUUCAGCUCCUCGCCUCCAUCACCGGCGCGGGGGCGUCAGCGGCGGGCGCAGAGAGAGGGGCGGUGA